GUACUCCUGCAAGUGGCUGAUGAUUUCAUCGACAGCAUUGUCAACUCGGCCUGUCAGAUCGCCAAACACAGGAAGUCCACUACUUUAGAGGUCAAGGACGUUCAGCUCCACCUUGAGAGGAACUGGAAUAUGUGGAUUCCCGGUUUUGGAUCUGAUGAACUACGUCCAUACAAGAAGGCGUGUUCUACAGAAGCUCACAAACAGAGAAUGGCCCUCAUACGCAAGACAUUGAAGAAAUACUGAAUUCUCCACACCGUGAAUGUUGCCGAGACAGAAUGGUGUAACAGUUGUGAUGUAUUGAAGUGUAUACAGUUGUCUGAUGUUGUAUGGUACCUAUGUAUUGUCAGAACAAUUUGUCUAGCUAUGUUUAGUGUUCAUUUGGUGGAGACACUUUUCCCUUCCGUGUAAAUGUGUUCAGAAUGACAGAACUAUUAAAUAGUAGGGUUUACACUGCUCUGCACUGACUGUUAUGGUCCAAAUAGAUAACAAAUAGCAUAAUUCUGGAAUUGAAUUGAAUAACCAUAUUGAUUUAUUGCAAAAGAUUGAUUAAACAGCAGAUAUUAUGUCAAACUUGAAAUGAUAGGUUUUUGAUACCCGUGUCAUUCCCCCUUCCAUGGUGAAAUCAAACUCUCAUGUAACAAAUACAGUAAGGGCGUCUCCUAUGUAAACAAUGCACAUGGAGGGCUAUGUGUUAUGAUUCAGCCAGUCCUAGCACUUUUGAUAAAAAAAUUCACGUGUGUAUGACAAUGUCCAUUUAAGCAGGAGUGAAAGUGAAUAAAUCUGUGCUAUUUAUGUAACUGAGAUAUCAUGUAAGUGUGUGAAGAAUGUAAUAAAAAAAUCCAUUUUA